AUACUAUUAGCUAUUUAUAUAUUAGCAUAUAAUCAAAUAAAUCAUUAAGAAUAAAAAAAUUUCCUUUACUAUUAAAUUUCAAUGGGACAUUAAAAAAAUUAGCCAUAGUUGUUCACUGGCUAUCGUUAUAGUUGAAGUAUGAAGUCGAAGGAAAACAAAUUUCUUGCUUUUUUCCUAAUAUUAAUAAUACAUAAUUUUCUUUUGAAGUAUUUAAUUAGGUAGUAAAAUAUUCUUUGACACUUCCAAUGGCCUAUUUGGCAAAUAUGUUAUAUCAAUCGACACUUAUUCAUCAUUCAUUAACUACUUGUCCGUUUACUAUGACUCGUUAUCUCAUAGUUAUAGCAGAUUUUCUAAUGGCGAAUACAAUUGAUCAAUUACUUGAAUAUCAUAAUCAAAACAAUUGUACAGUUUGA